UUCCGUUUUUUCCAACAGACCUUGAAGGCAGCAUGACGUCUAAUCUGCGCGACUCACAUGUGAGAGCAGUGCGGAGCAGUGAUGGCCGCGGAGAGGCUUCAGUUUCAUGAAAUGGGAUUAGACGACCGCCUUUUAAAGGCGGUGGCCGAUCUGGGUUGGUCUCAGCCCACCCUCAUCCAGGAGAAGGCCAUUCCUCUGGCACUGGAAGGGAAGGACCUUCUGGCUCGAGCACGGACCGGAUCUGGGAAGACGGCGGCGUACGCUAUACCCAUCAUACAGCGCAUCCUGGCAUCCAAACAGAGUGUCCGUGAGCAGGAUGUUCGAGCUCUCAUCCUGGUACCAACCAAAGAGCUCGGCCAGCAGGUUCAGAGCAUGAUAAGACAGCUGACGUCGUGCUGUUCAAGAGACGUCCGUGUGGCCGACAUCUCCGGCAAAGCCGACGUAUCGACGCAGAGACCCAUUCUGAUGGAGAAGCCAGACGUGGUUGUGGGGACGCCGUCCCGCGUUCUCGCCCACCUCAAAGCCCAGAACCUGGUCCUCCACUCCUCCCUGGAGAUGCUGGUGGUAGACGAGGCCGACCUCGUCUUCUCCUUCGGCUUCGAGUCGGAUCUGAAGAACUUGUUGUGCCAUUUGCCAAAGAUCUAUCAGUCGUUCCUCAUGUCGGCCACCUUCAACGAGGACGUCCAGGCCUUAAAGGAGCUGCUGCUUCAUAACCCGGUGACCCUGAAGCUCCAGGGCUCUCAGCUCCCAGACAGCAGCCAGCUGCAGCAGUACACCAUCAAAUGUGAGGAGGAGGACAAGUUCCUGCUGAUUUACACGCUGCUGAAGCUGCAGCUGGUUCAGGGGAAAACGCUGCUGUUUGUCGGAGCCGUGGACCGGAGCUACAGGCUCAAACUGUUCCUGGAACAGUUCGCCAUCCCCGCCUGCGUCCUGAACUCGGAGCUGCCGGUCCAGUCCAGGUGCCACAUCAUCAGCCAGUUUAACCAGGGCUUCUAUGACAUCAUCAUCGCUUCGGAUGAGCAGACGUUGGUUCAACCUGCUGUGUCGUCUUCAGGGAAAGAAAAGAAGCAAAAGAGCUCAGAGAAAGGAGCCAAGGCCAAAGAUAAGGAGUACGGCGUCUCCAGGGGGGUGGACUUCCAAAACGUGGCCAACGUCAUCAACUUUGAUUUCCCCACAUCGGUGGAUUCCUACAUUCAUCGAGUCGGAAGAACGGCGAGAGCUGACAACCCGGGCACCGCCCUGUCCUUCGUGGCUCACACAGAGCUCAGCGCUCUGGAGGAGGUGGAGGAGUCCCUCUGUGGAGAUAAAGCUGAGUCUGCGCUCAAACCCUACGAGUUCAGGAUGGAGGAGAUCGAAGGCUUCAGGUACAGGUGCAGGGAUGCAAUGCGAGCGGUGACCAAGCAGGCUGUGAGGGAGGCCAGACUGAAGGAGAUCAAACAGGAGCUGCUCAACUCCGAGAAACUCAAGACGUACUUUGAGGACAACCCCAGAGAUCUGCAGCUGCUGAGACACGACAAAGACCUUCAUCCUGCUGUCAUCAAGCCUCACAUGAAGAACAUCCCCGACUAUCUGAUUCCAGAGACGCUGAGAGGCGUGGUGAACCCGCUGUCCAGCAGGAGAAGAAAGAGGAGGAUAAAACCAGCAGCAGAGGGGAUCGUGAAAAGCAGCUUCAAGAAAAACGUCCCAGGAAGGAAUCCGCUGAAGAGUUUCCGAUUCACGGGAUCAAGAAAUAAGAAAGCCAAUGGUGCUAAAUCGUAGCUGCUGGGGCUCGGCUCUGGAUGUGUCACCUCCUCACAGACUCAUCAGGACUUUUUGUGCUCCACUGUCCAACCAGAUGGGAAAAUAUGAACAAUCUUUAGACGCUGAAAACAAAAUGAAUUUAUGCGAUCUGAAAAGAGAUGUGGACUUUUUUGGAUAAAGCUGUCAUCCUUAGGCCUGUUAUCUCAUUAGAACAUUUAUCGUUGUAAUUAAUUUGAAAUGCUUUCAAAUAAAACGUCUUCAUGCCUUC